CCUCCUCUCUCCAUGGCUUGCAGGUGGCCAUCAAACGCGUGUCCCGGGAGAGCGUCCUGCAGUGGGACGAGCUGCCCGACGGCACCCGCGUGCCCAUGGAGGUCGUGCUGAUGGAGAAGGUGGGCUCCAGCUGCUACAACAUCAUCCAGCUCCUCGACUGGUUCGAGCUGCCUGACAGCUUCGUGCUGGUGCUGGAGCGUCCGGAGGCAUGGCAGGAUCUCCUGCAGCUCCUGCUGGAGCAGGAGUUCCUGUGCGAGGAGAUGGCGCGCUGGCUUUUCGUCCAGGUGCUGGAGGCCGUGCGGCACUGCACCGCCUGCGGCGUCCUGCACCGGGACAUCAAGCCGGCGAACCUCCUCGUGGACCCGGAGAGCGGCGACCUGAAGCUCAUCGACUUCGGUUGCGGCACCUUCCUCCAGGAGCGGGCCUACACGCGCUUUGCCGGAACGCACGCCUACAGCCCGCCCGAGUGGGUCUGCCUUGGCUGCUACGACGGCCAUGAAGCCACCGUUUGGUCCCUGGGCGUGCUGCUGUACGUCAUGGUCUGCGGGAGACUCCCCUUUGAGGACGACCAUGCCAUCCUGCUGGGGCAGCCCUUCUUCUGGCAGCAGGUCUCUCCAGAGUGCCAGCAUCUGAUCCGCUGGUGCUUGACCAAGCACCCCGCUUACAGGCCACAGCUGGAGGAGAUCUUGCGCCACCCUUGGGUGCAGGGCAGGCGCUUUUGACACCUUGCUGGAGCCCCUGCUGCGCCCACGUACAGAAUCCCACACAGGACUGAGGACCCGAGAAAUAAAACAACAACAAACCCAUUGCAGCUAGUCAAGUCUGGUCCUUGUCAGCAACUUCAGCUAAAGAAACCUCUUGGGAAAAGGGGAGAUCUGAGUGCUCCCCUCAGCCUUUGUCAAGCUUUCCAUGCCUUUCCUCCAGGAUGCUCCUUUUGUGUCUCCAAGCGCAGGCUGUAGUGCGGGUAGGAGGGGCUUGACACAGCCAAGAAAUGCAACAGUGAAACAACAGCUGCCCUUUGAAAGUGACAGGGCCUUCUUGGUGUGUCUCCUGAAGUGACACACUGUCUCUGUGUGCAUUGCAAGGGCCGGCUGGUGUCAGGGACAGAGACGUCUCCUCUCCAAAGCUCUGUGAAGAACCAGAAGCAGCAGAACGUCAUUUCAGGUUGAGCCCUGAUGAACUCUUCCUCUUUCUUUCCCUCUCAUCGGCAGCAGGCAAAUGCGCACCAGGCCUCGUGGCUCAUGCCAGAGCCUUCUUCCUCCCCAGGAAGCCUCCUCCCAGUAAGGGAGGAGCCCCCACAGCCCAGGACUCUCCAGC